AGAAACUUUCAAUUGGACAGUGAGAGAGAAUGUAUACAAAAACAAUAAUUCUUUGUAUAAAUAUUCUCAUUUUUAGUGCAGUCUCUUCGAUUUGUCAACAAAUUCCAGAUGUAUUUAACAAUAAUGACUAUGCAGUUCAGAAUUUACAAUAUUCAAAAGAAAUGGGUCAUGAAAAAAAUAAAAUUUCAAGGAAUAAACUAACCCCAUUACGAAUUGCUCCAUUAUUGAUGCAGAAUAUUCUUCAUACUACUAUCAAUUGUUCAUUGGACAUAAAUUUAAAAAAUUUAGCAUCAAAUUGUUGGUUAGAAAGAGAAAAGAUUCUGGUAGAAAUGGUAAGAGGAGAGAAGGAAUGGGCAAACAAAUUUGAAGAUUCUCAUGGCGUAGAUUUGUCAGGAACGUUGUUAGGUCGAAAAGGAUCAUUCGGUGAAUAUGACCAAUGUAAAAGUAUUUCAGCUAAUGUAUCCUUCAAUGGUGUAAAUGAAAAAUGGAAUGGUUUCUAUUCUCUUCUAUCAUUCGAAGGUCUUCGACCAGAUACCCUAAAAUUUGAUUCACUUACAAUAGGAUUUUGUCUAGCUCCAAAAUGUAGGAAAUUUGUGGAAAAUACACCAAAUUUUACCAUAUCAGACAAAUCUUGCACCAACAUUGGCAAUGGUAGAUUUAUUCUUGAAGAAACUUUAACACCACUUAAAGAUGAUAAAUCAUCAAUUGGAGGAAUUAUAUUCUUCUCAAUAUUUGGUCUUUUUUUAAUAAUUGCCACAAUUUUGGAUAAUUACCUUGAUUUUUAUAGAAAAAAAAAUGAAAAGUGGACAAAAGGAAUUCUAUUAAGGAUUAUUUUACCAUUUUCAUUAAAUAGAAAUGUUAAAGAAUUACUUAAAGAUUCUCCUGCAACUGAUAGUUUAAAGGUAAUUCAUGGACUGAGAGCAAUUACUGUUACAUGGAUGGUAUUACUACAUACAUAUGUUUUAUAUUUACCAAUUGGAAGUAGGUUGAGUAGUUGUUAUGUUCAAAUUGUUCAAAAAUUAUUCAAAUCAAUAAUUCACUUUCUAGCUGAUAUAGCAAGUUUCUUUAAAAUGAUGAAAACAUUCACUUUUCAAUCAAUAAUCAAUGGACAAAUUGGUGUUGAUACAUUCUUUGUUCUAAGUGGUUUUCUAACUGUUAGAUCAUUUCUGAAGAAUAUGAAAAAGACUAACAAUCAUCUACCAGUUAAGAAGAUGAUUAACCAUUUUGUCCAUCGAAUAUGGAGGAUAUUACCAUUAUACGCAGCUGUAUUAUGCUUUUAUGCUUCAUUCUAUAAAAGAAUUAGGCUAGGACCUCUUAACUCGGUUGUAAAUGAUAUUGAACUUUGUAAAAGGUAUUGGUGGAGAAAUAUUCUCUUUAUAAGUAAUCUAUUUCCAAUUACUGAAACAGUAAGUCAUUUUCACAUUUAAACAAAACAACUUUUUGUAUAAGAACAUUACUUUUAAAAUCAAGUGUAUGGGUUUUACAUGGUAUUUAAGUGUUGAUAUGCAACUUUACAUUGUUACAGCAUUUGGUCUUUUUCUUUACAUUAUGUAAGUUUUUAAUAUAAGUUUAUUUUGAAAUCAGCAAAAAAAUUAAAUGAAAUAAAACCAUCCACAGAAGUCCAUUAUGCACAAUAGUCUUUUUUUUAUUGAUGGUUAUCUGCCAUGUUGUUAUGCAAGGAGUUUUAUUGAAUAAAUACAUGUUUGUAAUAUUGGCCUUUUUUUCAAUUUGAUUUUAAAAAAAAAACAUACAUUUACUUUUUGCAAACAGAGAACCUGAUGGUACUAUGGAUAAUUUCAAUUUUAUUACCUACUUAUAUAUUAAACCAUGGACUAGGGCUGGAACAUAUGCUCUUGGUGGUCUAUUGGCAUUUUUAAUGCAGAAAAGACAAAAAAUAAAGUUACCUACUCUCAUUGUGUUGGUCAUGUGGCUUAUUGUUGUUGCAUCUGGUUAUCUAAUUCUUCAUGGAAAAGGUUUUGAUGAAGCGGAAAUUAAACCUUGGACAAAAGCUAGUAGGUUAUUGUAUGAAAUUCUACAUAGGCCAGCAUGGGGAAUUUGUAUUUGUUGGGUGAUUUGGUCUUGUCAUUCAAAUUAUGGAUCAAUUAUUAAUAGUUUCUUAUCAUUUCGUUAUUUCUUUAUAAUUAGUAAAUUGAGUUAUGGAGUAUAUUUAUUACAUUGGUGUGUAAUUUCAUAUUUGUUUUAUACUGCACGAUACAAAAAAAGUUUUAGACAUGUGGCUGUUAUAUCUGAAUUUUUGGCAACAAUGACCUACUCUCUCGCUCUUGCUGUUGUCUUUACAUUAACAAUUGAAUUGCCAUUUGCAAAAUUAGAGAAUGUUUUCUUUAGUAAAUUAAAGGCAACUGAUUCACACCAAAAGGAGAAAAAUGAUGAAAUGAAGAAUGAUUUAAAUGAAAAAAUACACCCAGUUAUUGAAAUAAUAUCUUCAAAUGAUAUUGAUAAGAAAUAUGAUCCAACUUCCCUUUCAUAGGAUAUAUUUUCCAUGCUCAAGAGAUUUUAAUACUAUAUUACAAUUAUAUGAUUUAUGUUUUUAUAUUCUAAAACUCUUAACUUAAGUGAUUCAAAUCAAUUUUGAUAAUAAUAUUACUAAAAUGUGUGAAAAAGAUAGGUUAAGUAUUCAUCCUCCUUACUACAAUGUUGGAGCAUUUAUUCAGUUUUUUUUCAACUAAUUACCAUUCUUUUUCACAAAAAUUUGUAUCUGUAAAUUUGAAUACAAAAUAAAUAUUUAAAAAUUUUACAAAGCCAUAGACAAUGACGUAGCUAAA